CUGACUUUUUGGUGGGGGACUGUUCUUUCUCGUUCCCCACCAGCGAAAAAUAUCCUCAGAGCAACUCCACGAUAUUGCACGCCAGAAUCGUCAAUGAAGCACCGGUAGUAUCUGUGGAAGCUCUAGAGAUCUUGACAUAGUCUCUAGCAGCAAAAAAAUGUCUCAGUCGAAGCAUGCCGUAGAGCUUUGCGCUCUGCUCGUCGACGAGACAUAUGGCGAGCUAACCUCCCGGAUAUUCACAAUACUUCUUCGACGAGGACGAUUAACUAUACCACUCCUAUCGAAGCAUACCCGUCUAAGCCCUCACAAAAUCCGACAUGGCCUUGCCGUGCUUGUCCAAGAAAAUCUGGUUUACCACUGCUUCGAUGAAGAUACGAAUACUACCCACUACGAAGCAAAUCCCGAGGCAGCAUAUAUGUUGGUUCGAUCUGGGAAAAUUGUGGAAAUUGCACGAAGCAGGUAUGGGGACCUUGCUGCAGAGAUUGUGGGAAAUUUGUUUCUUUCAGGUCACAGCACGGUGAAAGAGCUGGUAAGCUGGUACGUAGCCAGGCUGGCAGAGGCCGAGGCCAAGAGGAAACGAGAGGAGCGUCUCGCAAAUGGGCUCAAUGGUCAGAGCAAGGCUCCUGCUCUAGUCCAGGCUCCAGCUCACCCUUUUCCAACUGGGCAAAUGCACGGAAUGUUGACCGAGUUGUUGGAAAGUGGUUUAAUUCAGCCUCUUUCUGGAGACAUGUUUCUCAGUCCUACGGAUACCUACGACAAGAUUGCGAAAGAAACUCUUAAGGAAGAAUAUGGGGGAAAUAUAAAAGGUACCAAGCAGAAAGAGGAGCUGAAGGAGAAAAUACGAGAGCGUUUAUACGCUCUGAGGUCCGAACGGGAGUGGAAGUCGAAAGGAAAGAAAAGAGCUCUGAACGGGAAUCAUGCCAAUGGAGUGAACGGCGCUAGUAAGCGAAGAAGACUUUCCAAUGGAGCUGUCAAUGGUGAUCAUUACUUUGAGGAUGAUGGCACAAAACUUGACCCGAAUAUGCUCGUACGCGUUAAUUAUGAGAAAUGCACAGUCGUUUUGCGGAACAGUCGGUUAGCGGCUCUUGCAAGUAGCCGGAUAGGCUCCACAACUGCACAGGUUUAUGAAGCAGGUCUCCGGCUCAUAGAGAAGAGUAUUCCCCGUUGUCGCUUAGACCUAAGGAUCGACGACAUCAAAGAUCUUCCUGACGGAUCCACGUUCACCACGAUGGAGCUCACGGCUACUCUGAGUAAGUCUGUCAAGACUGGGACAGGCAUUGGAACGGUGUCGAGCGACAAAAUCGACACCCGAAAACUUGAAAAGGCACGCAAGUCCAGAAAGCGGAGCGAUGAGGCUGAGGCUGAGGGCGAAGCUAGUGAAGAUGAGGAUGUAUCAAUGGAAGACAUACCCAUUGCCAACGGGAAUGGAAACAUUUCUGAGGCUGACCCAGACUCCGAUAGUCAUGGAGAUGAUCCUUUUGACGACGAGGAUACCAGGACGAAGUCUUCAAGGCGUGCAAAAGUAACUUUCCAGGACCAGCUACCGAAACCCGAGGCAGCUGAAAAUCGCGAAAACCGGAUGCUGCAGGUUAAGAAUCACCUCCUGCUUUUGGCUGGAGAUGACUGUGACUUUCUCCGCAAAUGUGGAAGUCGGGGGCUCGGAGAAUGGACUGUCGACUUUGAAGGCAUGACCCAGUAUUUGCAGGAAGUUGAAAUGGACACGAUGCUCUUGGAAAACUUUGGGAAAGUAGGCCACCGCCUAGCACGAAUGAUGAGAAAGCUGGGGAAGCUCGACGAGAAGCAAUUGCCUAACCUAGCAUUGGUGAAGCAAAAAGAUGCCAGGACCAAACUGGCUGAGAUGCAAAUGGCGGGUGUGGUCGAUAUUCAAGAGGUACCGAGAGACAGCGGCCGCACGACUGGCCGCACGAUCUUCCUCUGGUAUUUCGAUGUGGAGCGGGUAUCGACGAUACUGUUGGAUAGCAUCUACAAGAACAUGUCCAGAUGUUUCCAACGCCUUGAUAUCGAGAGACGACGUGUUCAGGACGUCCUUGCGUUGACUGAGCGAACCGAUCUCUUAGACGAGCAGCCAGAGAAGUACAUGGACCAAGAGCAAUUGAAUACGCUGCAUGAGAUUGAGGACAAAGAAGAGAGUCUUUUGGGGCACAUAGGCAGACUCGAUGAAUUGGUUGCCAUCUUCCGCGAUUACUAGAGAGCGUUCGCAUUGGGUGGUUGGACGGAAGAGAAUAUUACGGUUGUGAGCAUUUUUUGCACAGGGACGGCGUCAUUUUGCUGCAUAUGGGUGGCGUUCAGUCACGGCAAUGAAAGUCCAGGACUAUGUUGAUACCACCACAGGUUUGCUUGAUCGCUCUACGGAGUGAUGAAAUAGGCAAAUACAUAUUCGACUCGUAUGAUUCAUUGCUUCAUUAUCGCGAACAAUUCGUAUUCAUUCUGAGCUUUAUCCUUUCUGCGGAAUUGUGACUGCGUCUGCCAUCAGAGCAAUGAGAAGUGCCAACCCAGCUUGCGCAACUGAA